AAUACACCUCCGCGUUGGGCUCGGGUAUAUCAAGACCGCGAAAGCGAUGCAAAGGCCCACACGAUACCACAAGCCAUCGCACCGAUAUAGCAUCUACCCGUAUACUUUCUCCUUGAUACUUGAGAGAGAUUAUUCUUACGACGAAGCGCCAUGGAAAGCAUCCCCCCCACCCCAGCACAAAAAUACCUCGCCCUCACCCAAACACCGGGCCAACUCGACCGCGCCGAGCUUGAAACGAUCUACGACCGACUCAACCCGGUAUCUCCAACCUUCUUGGACGGAGAAUGGAGCAUCCACCUUCUCGACACGGGCCAUCCGGCCCAGGCCAUCGCGGAGGACGGGCUGCCGCUUAUCCGGACGCUCUUUUCUUUAGAGGAGACUGAGAAGAACAAGGUCCGGCAAGUCAAGUUCCACGGCAUCGGCGCCUGCGCUGUGGUUCCCGACGGCCAAGACAGGGUAGAUCGGUUUCGGUAUGUGAAUGAGAGCACCGUGGCGGCGACGAAUGAGUAUAAGCCCUAUUAUCGGGACUCAGGGGUUUUGCAUUUCUAUCUGACGCGUGUGCGUGGGUGAUGCGAUAGGUGGCUGGUAUGGUUACAGACGUGUUGAUUCCGAUAUGGGACAUGACGAUUGGGCGAUGUUUGUAUUGUACUUGC